AUGCCUUCGAAAAUAAGUGGACACAUUUUGAAGUUUAUUGAAAAUUUGGAGGAUAUGUCGGCGACUACAGAUCGUUCGUUCUUAGUCGCCAACUACUCCAAACCGGGACAAUGCAACAUAAUCUACUGUUCGGACGGCUUUUGCCGCUUGGCCGGCUACUCCCGUGCCGAGGUCAUGCAACGGUCGGCGUCGUGCUCCUUCCUGUGCGGACCUCUCACCUCCCAGCAAGCCGUAAAUGGGUUGAGGGAGGCUCUCCAGAAGGGUGUGGAAAAGCACGCCGAAGUUCUUUAUUAUCGGAAAGAUGGCAUUCAAAGUGGUUUUGAUUGUGAUGAUGAGGAUGAAGAAAUGCCUAUUAACAUGCAAAGUGCCCAAAGUGGAGACUAUGGUUUUGAAUUUGUACCUAAUACUGGAGAAGAAGAUCGAGAUGAAGAUGAAACUGAACAUAAUCAAAAGGAAAAUUUGAGCCUGGUACAGACAGAUGUGCAAAAAAUAGGAAAUGUUAAAUAA